AUGAGAAGAGGCUCGACCUACUCUGUUCCAGCGCCGGUCUCCAUUGGGGUUCCGCAGGGUUCCGUCUUGGCACCACUCCCGUUUCUGAUCUACGUCAACGACCUCCCAGACAUUCUUGCGAGUCCAUGUAUACUUUUUGCGGACGACUUGAAAUCCUGGAGUUCCAAUGCCAGUGCCCUCCAAAUGGAUGUAGACGCUGCCAAGCAGUGGUCGUUGGACUGGCACCUCCCCCUGAAUGACGAAAAGUGCGUCCAUAUAUCAUUUAGAGGGGACUCAGCGAAUGCCUUUGUCAUGCAUGGUGAAAACGAACCAGAAAAAAUCACGAGGAUAGAUGUUAAAAAGGAUUUGGGCAUUUGGGUCUCCUCAAACUUGUCCUUCUCACUGCACCAUGAGAAAUCGGCCCAAAAGGCAUUCGCCAUUUUACGGAUGAUCCGACGCACCUUCUCCCGUAUUACUCGCAUGGACUUCCAAAUACUCUAUGGGGCCUACGUCGGACCGCUCCCGGAGUACGCCAACCAAGUUGUCUACUCAGGACGUACAAAAGACGUCACCCUCAUUAGGAGUGUCCAGCGGGCCGCUACGAGAAUGGUUGCCGGCCUCAAAUCCGUGGACUACGAAACGCUUAACUGCUACGAAAAAGCGCGGGAAGAGACGAACGCCCUAAGAGCUCUUGUCGGUGAUAAACUGCCCAGUGAUACGGAAAUCCGAUUUGUUUACAGAAAUGAUUCUGCAGAAGUGCAGCCUGAGAAGGCGAAGGCCAUCCGUGUGGAUCGUGAACGUCCAGCCUGGUUUCCUGGCAACUUGUUACAGCGAUCUCGAGAUCCAACACCUACUGAGUGACAAGGCCCAUUUGGCGAUGUUUCCCCCGUGAAGAAUCGCCGUGUAGAUAUUUUCCCCAAAGGCUUUUAAUAGAACUGCAUUUUCUCGUGUACC